GAAGAAGAAACGGAAGGAAACCACAGGAUUACUAGAUAAACUAACAUUGUAAAACUUUUUCACAGACUGGCUUCUCUUUUGAGUGUACACUGAAGAGGCAGCUCUUACUGAAGCAUGAGUACAGGGUGGAAAAGCGAUCUGCAUGGUACAUAAGGCACAGUUGCAUUGAUCUGCCUUGAUUCAGGCAACAUCCGUAAGAGCUCUUUCUCCUGCCUUAUCUCCUUGGCUCUCUCCGACUAUCCUUGGCUCUCUCCAACUAUCCGAACCUUUCUUGCAGAAGAGCAAGGGAUGGAUGAACAAUUGCUGGAUCAAUCUGUCUAUCUUCACUCAUUCCAGCUAGGACUUAAGAUGAUUAUUUUAAUUCAUUCAUUCAUUCCAGCUAUUUGAUUCUGUAUGACUAAAAGUUGGAAUACAAAAGCAGCUGAGCUGCAAUGUGUAACAAGGCAGAGAUAUGUGGCCAUGUGAAUGGGUGAAAGUAUGUCCAGGGAAGAAAAUGGUCAGGAGCAAAAUCCAAAGAGAUGUGGAAGGUAGCAUUCUGAAGUGUUUCUUUAAGGAGAAUAAAAGACUGGGUGCGUUUUGUAUAGGCUUGUCACCGAGGGCCGCUGGUAUGCCUUUGGAGUCUUUUUGGUGGGGGAUUUGGUCGGAGCUUCCCAUUAUAUAUAGCUUUGAACAUUCUCCUUUUUCAUUUGUGGACAGCACAAAGCUUGAACACUGUGAACUCAAUUCGGAUUCUGAUGUUUUUAUCAAAGAAAACCCCUUUAUGGAGAGGAGAGAAAAGAAGAAUCAACCAAAGCCAAGCCCCUCUUUCUCUCUGUACAUGUUCUAUUUUGUCUUGAAGCUUUUGGAUGUAAAUGGCAUGGAAGAUGAAGUUAAGAUAUUAGAUUGGAUCUGUGGUAAAUAUUUUUUGCUGUUUGUUUUGAAUUGUUUCUAUUGUGCAGAUUUUGGGUGUCAAGAAUUUGGUUUAUUCUGGGCAUUUUGGGUGUUUUGCCAGUGUGAUUUCCAUUUUGAGUGUCGGCAAGAACAAGUUUUAAAACUUGCGGUCAUCCUCCAAGAGUCCGAUGACUCCACCGCAACUCGCGACCCCCUCCUUCCAUGGCUCUGGUCGAUAAAGAGGGCGCUGGACAAAUGGUACUCCGGUGACCACUCCAGUGCAGAUCUUGACAAGUUUCUUUCAGAUUGUAUCACUGCUUUCAAGCACAGUGUGCAGUACAGAAACGACAUCAGAUUUCUCAAGAUUUGGUUCGUUUAUGUAAUCAACUCUCUUCUCUCCUACGCUGCUUAAUCUUGGACUUAGUUAUCCCUUUGCAUGUAGAAAAUUGUUAAUUGAAUUGGAUUUUUUGGGUUUUGGCUUCUUUAUCAAAUUCAAUUACCUUAAUAAAGCAUCCAGCCUGAAAUAGUGGUGUUUAAUUUGGUUCCUGCUUAUUGGAGUCAGAUAGCUGGAACUUUAUUUUUAGCAUUUAAAAUUCUAGAAUUUUUGUUGAAGUUAGUUAUGUUUAAGUCAUUGAAACUUUUUAGGGGUGCAAGUAAGGAAUUGAAGACUGAAAAUUGACAAAGAAGAUAGGCCUACCAAAAAAGUUUACAAGGGUAAAUGCAAGAAUUAGCAAGUGUUCUGAACAAAGCACUAACCUAUAACUACCUUAUAGAAGAUCACAAUAAAAACCACUUUUUUGGGGUUUCAAGUAAUGGGAUUUGGGAUGAAGGAUGUCUUUUUUGAAGUGGCUUUGGUUCUGAUCUUCAAUAUUUUAGUACUCAUUUACUGUCUCAUUAUCUUUUUGCUGCAACAAGCUAAUUUGGGAUGAACAAUGUCUUUUUUCACUACUUUAGGACUAAUUCACUGUUUUAUCAUCUCUUUGGUGUGACAAGUUGUUGAACUUUCUAUAGUUUUUUAUGAUGUAUUUAUGUUGCAAUGUGAAUUUGCAUGGCAAAUCAAUGAAACUACUAGGUUGUU